AUGAAGCGCUUCCUGUUGCAUCUGGUGGAACCCAAGGUCCAGCUGCACGCGGAAGACGUCAGCGCGACGCCGGUGCAGAAGGUGCUGGAGCUGCUGAGCAGCAUGAAGAAGAAAGGGGAGGAGGAGAAACAAAAGGAGGCCGUGCAGUUCGCUGCCUACGAGCAGUUCUGUAAGAAUACCCAGAAAGAGAAAGCCAAGGGCAUCGAAGAGGGCGAGGAUAAGAUCGAAAGCAUCAAGGCUGAUUUGGGAAAGCUCUCCGUGGACAUUGCAAACCUCGAAGAAUCGAUCCCUGAAGUCGUCGAAGACAUCGAGAAGGUGACAGCUGACCAGCAGAAAGCCACCAAGGCCCGGGGUGAGGAACGAGCAGCCUACACAACUGCGCACAGCGAGUAUCUGAAGGCGGUGCAGAGUGUCGGAAAGGCUCAGAAGGCCUUGAAGGAGAAGGAGGUUUCACCCGAGCAGGCGGAAUCCUUUCUGCAGUUGGCGUCCAAAGGAUCGGAUCUCACAGAUGAAGACAUUGAUGCUUUCACGUCCUCAUCUCAGGCUCGCAGCGCCAUUGAAGCCUUUCUUUCAGAGGGCACAUCUCUGGAGAAACCUGCUGAGGGUGCCUACAGCUUCCAGUCCACAAAGGUGAUCGAGCUGUUUUUUGCGCCGUUGAUCCUGCUUGGGCUACUGCCAAGUCAAAUCGUUUGAAACCCCGACUGUCCUGAUGGCAUUUUUGGGUGUUACCAUGGUGAAGUAAGACCACAUGUUCUGUUCUGUUGCAAGCCAGUGUAGAAAUGGAGGCCAGUCUUCUCACAUUCAGAGAGUUCUUUUUGAAUAUGCCGUGACUUGUCAUUGGUGAACCAACGGCAUAUUUUCAGAACAAGUGUAAUGCGAUUUCC